AUGUCUUCCGACGAUGCUCCAUCAGUACCGCAACACAAACCUUCUUCAACUAGCUUUGCAGGUGUGUUCAAGACGCUAGCCGCCGGUCGUCCGAAAUCGCAGUCCCCUAUCUCGAUAUCAGAAAGCAACAGCGACUCCAUUUCAUAUAACCGACAAAUUAUUGGGCUAGACUUCAUGCAUCGAGGCAGUGUGGUGUCCAGCUCCUCGGACACGCCGAGUGGCCCGGAGAUUGAAAGUUCCCUCCGGAACUUGUCGCAGAGACAAAAUCUGGGCCAGGCUGUCGAGGAAGCUGAAUUAGUAUCCAAGUCCAUUUCAUGGUUCACCCCGGAACAAUCAGUGGGGCUAUGGGAGGCGGCGGAGUAUCUAUUGCAUCAUGAAACCUCCAUCGAUGCCCAGAAAAGUGGGGCGAAGUUGCUAGAAGCUGUUGCGGCUCGUCAGGAUCUCAGCCCAUCAGGCAGGCGUCUGAUAUUUGAAGCAAUUGCCUGUCCAACUGAAGCAGAUGCUAUUGCCUCGCGGGUUCAAUCGCUGAUAUCGUUGUCGGAUCAUGGCCGGAAAUUGGAUUUUACCUCCACGUCCAUUCUUCCUAUUAUCUCUUCUUGGAUCGUGCCUCUUUAUGGUGUUAUUGCUACGGCGCGCUCCAAGGCGAAAAAAGGAAAGACGACCCACCCGAAUGGACUCGGGCACGAAGAGGUUGUUCUCGGAGAUCUUUUGCAAUUUGCAGUAGACCUGGUUACACUUCAGCGCAAACCUCCGACUCAGGAGGAAAUCGAAGUGCUUCUCACAGAGACCUUCGCCGUUUGCAAAAAGACCAGUGUCGCAAAUGACAUCAAGAAUGCUCUUUCCGUCUUUGAUGCCGUGAUCGUGUAUGCGGAUGUGCCUGACAACAGCUUUAGCCCUCUCCUGGAAGUUCUUUGCAGCAUUCACGCUUCUGUCAAAUCUCUUUCAGGGCCUACUUCUCGGUCGGUACGCAGCUUGGCAAAGUCUCGAAGACAGGAGGAGAUGCUCAGUACUCUGCAUAGCUUUAUGAAAGAGAGUUGUGACAGUGACUCGUCCCUGAACCUGAAUGUCAUUCGCGGUACAAUUUACGUUUUUUCGGACCUUGUUCACGCGUACGGUCAGGCUGGCAUGCCUCAUAUUCCCUUUGAGAAAUUGGUCGACUCACUUAUGGUCGUUGCUCAGAAGGACGAUGGCCGCGUUGAUGCUGACAUCCUGGACCUGUGUCUGAACAUUUUGGAGGGAGACUACACAGACAUCGCUUUGAAGUGCGACUGGACAAGCUUCAUCAGCCUUCUGGUUCUAUGCUCCCGGCGAGUCUUCCAAGAAACUGAAGACCUUGUGUCACCGACAAGCCCGAUCCAGGCAUCCUCUAAGCCUACCCACGAUGAUACAAAGUCGAGCAUUCUGGCAGACAUAGUCCGGAUCGCUUCUGUACUUGAAUCGAUUUGGGAACAGCUCAACAAAGAACAAAGACAGCAGGCUGUCCGGUUCUUAGCAAGGAGUCACCAGCAUAUUGAACCUUCUCAGUCCGAACUCAUUAUCAAUAUGAUAAGAGAAGACCAAUCUUGUAAUCCAGUUGAAGGGACCGUUUGGUUAAAACGUUGUCAGAGCCUGAUUGAGCGUUUCAUACAGCCUCGAAAGCAGUCUUCUGAUAUCCGGAUUCUGGCUCUGGACACCUUGAAAGAAUCACUUGCCGGAAACGAGCAUCUUGUUUUCUCCGAGGAGCAUGGCAUGUUCGACCUUCUUUUGCAGGACUUUUCGGCAGAACAUGAUCUACUUUUCCUAGAAUCCCUUGUCUCUUUCCUGACCGAGUCUGCGAUCCACAUCGACGACGAUGCCAUAUUCAAGCGCUUGGUGGACACUAUUAGCUCGCCGAUGAAACAUGACUUGAUCAAGGAUGAUCCACGGCAAACUUCAAGCUACACGGCUUCCUCGCGCCGCACGUCUACAACAAGUGUGCUGGAGCUAACCCUGGCCAAUGUAUGUGCGGUGGGUCUUGUGAAAAUGAUGCUUCGUGCUUUGAACUCUUCCGCCACGAAGUCCGUCAUUAUCUACGAAUCCCUUCUGCAAAUCGCGCAGUCCGCAGACCGUCCUACGGACUCUCGCCUCACCGUCUUGAAGCUGCUGUUCCGGCUGCGGUGUGAUUCGGCUGGCUCUGUUUCUGUGGUAUCGACCUCGGAAGGUGAUUUCUUGCUGAAUGUUCUGGGUCGCAGCAUUGAUGUCGGGUCUAACAAUCGAGGCCCGGGUGAUAGCCCAUUAAGAGAAGCUCAACACGAGAACGUGCCGCCCCUUCCCAGCGGCAAACUCAUUGGCAAGGAUCUUCCUGCUUCUGUCCUGGCCAAAUCCGCCUCAGGCCGAGCCUCAAUUUCUUCUCGUUCAUCGAGGCUAACACCUCCCGUCUGGACCUACGCUUUGCCACAAGUUCUUCCCGAGCAACCGCCUGGAGAAUCCAGUCCACUGGUUUAUGCCCAUACCCAGACAGAUGCUCAGAGCCCUGUUAGUGAAAUUGCUGCGGCACAAGUCGGUGUUCUCAAAGUCAACAUGUGGCUCGAAGUCGUGAUCUUACUGCUCCAACGGGAAACCGACUGGGAUAUUUACAGCUACGUUCUCACGCAUCUUGGGCCUCAGCUUGGUAACAAGGAAUUCUUCAAAAGUUCCAGCCCUCAAAUCAAGCUGCUUCGCAGCAUUCUCUGCGAUCAGGUCAAGAAUGAGACUUUCCACGAGCCCCCUGGCGUCACUGGUCUGAAGAAGAGUGAUGUCGCUGCUUGUAUCUUUGAUGCGCUAUGCAUGCUUAUCAGCUAUCACGAGCACUUUGCCAAGAGUGAAGAAGAUGAUCUCGUGCGAGCUUUCAUGUCCGGCAUUAUCGGGUCUUGGGGUGCCACAUCUCGCGGCUGCAUCCAGGCCCUUUCCCUUUGCUGUCACGAAAUUCCAGCGUCGGUGACCAAGUCCUUGAUGAGCAUUCUCGACAGGAUGUCCAAGGUGAUCACUAUGUCAAAUCUAGCUGUUCACAUUUUGGAGUUUCUAUCCCUCCUUGCUCGUCUGCCUGAUGUCUACAUCAAUCUGCGCGAAGAGGAGAUCCGUACCGUGUUUGGUAUUUGUAUUCGCUUUCUACAGACCUCACGAGAACAACGAUACAAGGCUGCCGAAUCUCCCACUACCCGCGCCCCUCAGCAAGUCCCAUCGAGACUCAGUGCUGGUGCACGAGAAAUUGCUACAGGGGCGGCGGAAGCAGCGGAGAAUUCUUCAGCUGAUGCCAUGUCUAGUUAUAUCAUGAGCCUCACAUACCAUGUUAUGAUAUUCUGGUAUCUUUCUCUAAAGCUGCAGGACCGUGCCAAACAUGUCAAUUGGAUAACCAGCCGACUUGUUUUCCGUGACGAUCAAGGUAAAGAGGUGGUCGAGGAACAAAGCCAAGUCUUCAUUGACUUGAUGCAACGCGUUGCUUUCUCUGAUUUGGGAGAGACUGUUCCUUUUAAAAUUUUCCCUCCCACUCCUGAAGAUGGCCCGGUGUCCAAGAAGUCCUGGGUUGUGGGCCUGAGCAUUGUGACCGUGGAGACGGCAGGCGUGUCUGGACUGACCCAGAUCUCGAAGCGCCAAGCAUCAGGAACAACGUAUAUUGUUUAUCAGCAGCGAACUGCACCUGUUCUACCGCACCAGGUUCCCCCGACACCAGAUGCACACCUGCACUCUGACGAUAUGCGAACGGCAGUCCUGCCCAGUCAUAUUAUGCUCCAGAUGACCACAUCGGCUUUCCCUACACCCAUUGUGAUGCAGCCUAUUCCUGUCCCUGAGGACGACAUUACCCGGCGCGCGAUCGCUAGCUUUGAUCGAACCGAUAUUGUGGAUGGGCAUCGUAUUGGAGUAGUCUAUCUUGACAACGGUCAAAGCAAGGAAGCCGAAAUCCUUGCCAACACCGCUGGCUCUCCGGACUAUGAACACUUCUUGUCUGGUCUAGGUACCAAGGUAUCGCUUCGAAAUGCUCAAUUCAAUACCCAGGGCCUUUAUGCCGACACCGACGGUGAAGCUACUUAUGCUUGGCGAGACCGGGUGACCGAAAUCGUGUACCAUGUCGCGACGAUGAUGCCUACAAACCUGGAGAACGAUCCUGCUUGUGUCAACAAAAAGCGAAACAUCGGCAAUAACUUUGUCACCAUUGUGUUCAACCGAUCGAACCUCCCUUUCAACUUCGACACAAUCCCAUCCGAGUUCAACUCCAUCAAUAUUGUGAUCACCCCUUCCAGCCGCAUUGCUUACGAUGAGUCUGGUGCCGCUAAAGGAGAAACGGAUCCGGAGAAACUCUAUUACAGCGUAAGAGUGAUGAGCAAGCCCGGUUUUCCCGACGUCUCCGCCGCGGCAACUCCUAAGGUUAUCUCUGGCAAAAAUCUGGCAUCUUUUGUCCGCAUCCUGGCUCUCAGCGCCUCCGCCUUCUCGCUCGUCUGGAACAACAAGGGCGGCGAACACGCCUCGUCCUGGCGCACUCGUCUCCGUGAGAUCAAGAAAGUCCGCGAACGUGCAUUGAACGCACAAGCCCAAGGCUCCGAAGCUGCAGAGGGUGCCUAUCCCGGCCAGCGCCGCAACACGAAACCCAACAUUUUCUCCGAGGAACUUCCCACGCGCACUGCUCCUAUCAGGACAGACUUCGCGACCGAAUGGGAAUCCGCUUCAGAGGGCAACAUCCUCCAGAACCUGGACUUCUCUCGCUGGGGCCGUUAA